UUCGGCGGGCGGUGAUACGGGCUGUCCCUCUGCUUGAUGGAUGUCGUCCUCGGCCUGGCGGGUGAUGUCGGCUGGUCCCUCUCGGCGUUCUGCGGGGUGCGGUGCGACUUCAGUCUUGACAUUCUCGGAGGGUGUCCGUAUCCAGUGCGGGAGCGGGCGUAUGGCGAACAGUUAUCUUCUGGUUUUUUAUCCGAGCGACAGUACGAGAGAUGGGGGUUCCUGUUUCUGGGGCGUCGUCGUCCGUAUGCUCUCCCGAUGUUUCGUCCUCCGGCUCUUGGGCGGCCGAUGGAUCUUCCACUAGAAUGCAACUCUCCUCCACCUGCGUCGAAGAUAAAUCAUCCAGUACAUUGGGAUGGAAAUCGGCGGAUGCGGUGGCAGAUGCGGAUGGCGGCGAACAAUCGGGUGAGAUGUCCUCAGUGUCCGACAGACUUGGAUUGA